CUAUUCUUUUGGGCCCUGAGGGUCUGCUGGGUGCCCCUCGCUCUCUUUUAAUUAAUAAAAUACAAAAGAAAAACAAAAAUGUAAACAAGAUAACGGAGAAGGGGACAAGAUCAGUAGUGCCUUAGCAGCACAAGACUGAGACCAGGGCUAUCCACAACCAUCCAAAGGACAAGUUCAAGCUCCAGAUUCACCUGCUCAUUUUGUGAUCUAAACAAUGAAAGCUUGCGCGCGUACAUGUUUAAGCGUUGUGGUUGUCUGUUUACUUGCUUUUAUAUUUCAAAUAUACUACUUUUCCCCCAUAUCACCCGACUUGCUUCAACUGCCUGCACCUUUUUUUCUUCCUCCAAACAAGCAGUUACAGGAAGUGAUUAAACUCGGAGAAGGAUUUAUACAAGGGCCUGAGGAUGUCUGCAUGGACAAAGAUGGUGUAUUGUACACAGCAGUUAGGGAUAAAUGGAUCAAAAGAAUGCAUAAGAAUGGAUCCUGGGAGAAUUGGAAGAGAAUAGACAGCGAUGCCUUGCUUGGCAUCGCUCCCUCCAAGGAAGGUGGACUUAUUGUUUGUGAUGCUGACACUGGUUUGCUUAAGGUGACUGAAGAUGGAGUAACAGUUCUUGCAUCAGAGGUUAAUGGGUCUAAAAUAAAGUUUGCAGAUGAUGCGAUCGAAUCUUCCGAUGGUAACAUCUAUUUUAGUGUUCCAAGCACCAAAUUUGGGUUGCACAACUGGUAUCUGGAUGUUCUCGAGGCAAGACCUCAUGGGCAGUUGCUCAAGUAUGAUCCCACAUCAAAUCAGACCUCAGUUCUGCUUGAUGGUUUGUGCUUCCCUAAUGGCGUUGCUCUCUCAUGGGAAGAAGAUUAUCUAGUCUUCUGCGAAAGUUGGAAAUUUAGGUGCCAAAAACAUUGGUUGAAAGGCGAGGACAAAGGUAAAACAGAAACUCUUAUUGACAACCUUCCCGGUGCACCUGAUAAUAUAAAUCUGGCACCGGACGGCUCUUUCUGGAUUUGUUUGCUUCAGGUGGCGGCGGAUGGACUGGAAUUUGUGCACACCUCAAAGGCAUCCAAACAUUUGGUAGCCUCCUUUCCGAAACUGAUUGAACUGGUCAAUGGAGUCGAAAAGAAUGCAAUGGUGGUAAAUGUGGCAGCUGAUGGCAAGAUAACCAGAAAGUUUGAUGACCCUGAUGGAAAAGUUGUGUCUUUCGUAACUUCAGCUGUGGAGUUCGAUGGCCAUCUUUACUUGGGAAGUCUGAAAAAUAACUUCGUUGGAAAAUUGCCGCUGAAAGCACCAUAGUUUAUUUAACCUAUAUGGAGAUUUGGGAAGCAAAUCCUGUUAUAAACUCCGGAGACGUGGAGUUAACGGUAGAACUCCAAGACAGUCUAGUUUUUAACUUUCUUAGACCACAAUACACGGGCAAAAAUCUACCCAAUGGGUCCAUUAUGAAAAUGUAACCACUGUCAACUUGCAUAAAAGCACCAUUAAACAAAA